AUGUUAUUCAUUUGUGAUGUUACAGGUGCAAGGCUGUCCUCCUCUUCUUCAGAUUCUGCGCAGUCGAUCGUCGCGCGACUUUUCUCUUCCAUAUGGAAGUCGUCGUCGACGACGUCGUCAAAGCGGGAUGCUAAGUUGGAUGAAAUUCGACAGCCACAAAGACAAAAGACAACAAGAGAAAGCCAAAAUCGUCAAAAAUUUAAUGAUUUGAAUGAAGCAAGAAGUUCUUCAACUCCAGAAGAUCAGGCUAUGCAUGCUCAAAUUCAAAUUGUUGAACGUUUUGUAAUAGCAACGGCUCAGAAAGGACCAUUAGGUUUAGCAGAAGAAUACAGAAAUAUUCCAGCUUUUCCGGAUCCAACAGCAAAAUUUACAGCUUUCACAGCGAAUAUGAGAAAGAACAGAUACUCAGAUGUUCAUUGUAUUGAUUCCACACGGGUUGUCUUAAAAAUUGAUAGUGAGCGUUCGGGUGAUUACAUUCAUGCGAAUUAUGUUCAAAAUGAAUUGUUGAAUCGAAAAUUUAUUUGUACACAGGGUCCAUUACAAGAUACUACAUACGAUUUCUGGCGUAUGGUGUACCAAGAGAAGAUUAACAGUAUUGUUAUGCUAUGCAGCCCUAAUGAAGAAGGUAGAACGAAGUGUGAUGAGUAUUGGCCGGAAGGAAAAGGAAAUAAGAAUGAGUAUAGUAGCCUAAUUGUGGAAAAUGUUGGACAAGAUGAUGAUGACUUCAAGACAACACAGCUGAUCAUAUCUCCAAAUCCAGCAUUCGAUUGGUCAAAAGAGGACAAAGCUAAGACGAAACAUCAGUUUGUUCACUUAUACCGAUGGUCCAGAUGGCCUGAUAGAGGGAUUCCCGAUAAAGAAUCUGUUAUGAUUCCUUUACGACUAUUGGAUUUAAUUAAAAGUGGGCCGUCAGUUAUACAUUGCUCGGCUGGCAUUGGACGAACUGGCAGUCUGAUGGUUAUUGAAAUUGCCUUAAAAACAAUCAUGUCUGGACAGGAAUUGAAUAUUCGACAGAUAACAGAAGAUUUGAGAAAGUCCAGAUGUCAAUGUGUUCAGAAUGAAAUGCAGUAUCUGUAUGUUCAUCGAAUACUCAUCGAGUAUGCUAUACAGUAUAUGAAUACGGAAAAAACGAAAAAAGGAAAAGAAGCCUGUUUCCGAUUUCUGGAAGAUUAUAAUUCUCGUUUAGGCAAAAAGUAA